AAUGUGGCUCUUCUCUCUUGCGAUGUGUGACGGGGGAAGAGAAGACACGCGUGGGGAGUGGACACUUCAGCAUUCAAAAGAAACUGCAAGAGAAGUGGAGACUAAUCAGCAUCUCGUUUCACUGAAACUAGUCGAAGGUGAAAGCGGCAUUCUGUCAAACUCUCUUACUUUAUCAGAGCAAGCAAAGCUAGUGCACUUCGCUACUGCAAAACAAUAAUAACUCUGAUUCGUGGAAUGGCAAGAGGAGAGGGAGCCGAGCAAUUUUCAUCCGGCUUGAUAUCUUCAGCCAAACCCGUGAAUCAAGAUGAACUCAAAAUUGCCAAGCAAGAGAGGAAGAGAGCUCUGACUUUGUGCAGUAAGGUGUGUUUUGCAAUCGGAGGGGCUCCGUAUCAGAUCACGGGCAGCGCCCUGGGCUUCUUUCUGCAGAUCUUCCUGCUAGAUGUGGCACAGUUGGAUCCUCUCAAUGCUUCUGUAAUCCUGUUUGUGGGUCGGGCCUGGGAUGCAGUGACUGAUCCCACAGUUGGGUUUUUAAUAAGCAGAACCCCAUGGACACGCCACGGACGCAUGCUGCCUUGGAUUCUGAUGUCCACCAUGCCAGCUGUGUUGUGUUAUUUCCUGAUAUGGGUGGUUCCUCCCAUAGAGCAGGGCAAGAUGAUUUGGUAUCUGCUCUUCUACUGUCUCUUCCAGACUCUUCAGACAUGUUUCCAUGUGCCAUACUCUGCUCUGACAAUGUUCAUCAGCACUGAGCAGAGAGAACGAGAUUCAGCCACAGCAUACCGUAUGACUGUAGAGGUGUUGGGUAUGGUAAUUGGCACUGCCGUCCAAGGCCAGAUUGUGGGCAUGGCCAACAGCCCCUGCAUUAACAGUACAUCUCUGACCAGCAGCUCCAAUCACUCUGUGCAGGAAAAUGCCACUCAGAUCACAUUGAAUGAAUAUAAAAUAUUUAAAGAGAGGUGUGCAUAUAUGAUUGCUUCUGCAAUCAUAAGUUUAAUCUACAUUAUGUGUGCUGUUGUGCUGUUUCUUGGAGUGAGAGAGCAGGACACUGAGGGUGGUUUAAAAAAAACGCAGAGGCGUGCAUCAUUCCUGACCGGUCUGCGACUUGUGAUGGGUCAUGGGCCGUAUGUUAAACUGGUGCUGGCCUUCCUCUUUACCUCACUGGCCUUCAUGCUGUUGGAGGGAAAUUUUGCUGUGUUCAUUAAGUACACACUGGGAUUCCGAAAGGAUUUUCAGAAUAUCUUACUUGUCAUAAUGCUGUCCGCCAGUCUCACCAUCCCCAUGUGGCAGUGGUUCCUCUGUCGGUUUGGGAAGAAGACUGCUGUAUACAUUGGCAUCACAUGGGCUGUGCCCUUUAUGAUCAUGAUGGGGUGUGUAAAUAGUAGUCUCAUCAUAUGCUACAUCGUAUCCAUUGCUGCUGGUGCCAGUGUGGCUGCAGCCUUCCUCCUGCCCUGGUCUAUGCUUCCUGAUGUGGUAGAUGAUUUUAAAGUCCAGAAUCCUGACUACCACGGCCAUGAGGCUAUUUUCUACUCCUUCUAUGUUUUCUUCACCAAAUUCGCCUCUGGAGUGUCACUUGGAAUAUCAACGCUGGCAUUAAGUUUUGCAGGUUAUGUGACGGGAGGUUGUGUUCAGCCUGAUUCUGUGAAUAUGACGUUAAAGAUUUUGGUGUCGGCUGCUCCUGUAUCACUCAUAGCUUUGGGGCUGCUCAUCUUUAAAACAUAUCCCAUCGAUGAAAAACGCAGGCAGUACAACAACAAACAACUGCAGCUGCUACUGCGGCAAAGUGACAGUCAUGUCUCAGAAAUGGAGGCCUUGCGACCUGAAAGCAAAGCAUAAAAUACCAGGCAUGGCUGUUCCUUGCUGUGGCCUACAGAGAGCGCCAAAAUACAUCUUAACCACUGCAAAGAGGCAAUCUAUCAGCUGAAAUUUCAGAGUACUUUCCUUGCUCAGCUGGUUAACUCGACCAAUGGAGGAUAGAAAUAAACCCUUAUAUAUCUGCACUACUAUCCUGACAUCUGCAUAUUUGUACAACCUUAACAACAAGGCACUUGUUGCUGCUUUCUAACAACUACAGCUUUUCCUGGUGAACAAAGGGAGGCUUAUAAAGUGAGAUGCAUAUAAGGUUCAAAUUUGGAAUGACCAUAUACUAAUAGAUAAUUUUUGGCAACUCUAUUUUCUCGUUUCUUGAGAUGAUGGAUUCACAUUAAUUAAUGUAAGGAGUUGCAGUUAUCUGAAGAAAAUGUAGUUCUUUAAUAUUGUGAAGAAAUGUUUUUGCACUAAUGGGAUUUAGCGGUAAUAUAUUUAUAAUUGAACAAAAAAAUAAAUAACUUUCCACUUCUUUAAAUAUUUGAAACCCUUGUGCUUGGUGUGGGCCAAUUUAUUAGACUAAGGAAGAUGACACUAUUGUUUGAGUCCAUUUUUUAUGGUUCUGUAUUUAAUUAUAGUGCCUUAAACUGUGCAAGAAAAUGGUGAUUUGCCAAAACCAGAUCAAAUUGAACAUAAAACAUUAAUUUAUUUAGUCACAGCUCUUGGGACAUCAGUUCUCUGCAUGUAUGCAGCUGUGCCAAGGAAGACAAUGAGGAUAACUAACAGACUACAGCAACAUUGAGAUGAAAGGCUUUAAUGUUUAUUUGUGCAGUUUUUUUUAUGUUUGUGUGCGUUUGAGAGAGUAAUAAAAGUGACUGUGUGCAUAGUGAAGCAAUUUUAGCGGUUUCCCUGACUGUUAAGACUGUGAAUAAUGAUUAUGAAUUCUAAAGAGAAUACUGUGAGUUCUCCUAUGUGCUGAGUGCUUUAUAUAAAAAAAGAAGCUAUGGGCAUUAUGUAGUACAUAGUUGUCUGUAAUGUGUUAUCCCUGUAAACGGAAGAGAUGAAAAUGCAGCUGAAAAUGGUCUCUACAGUUUUGUCUGAAGAAAUUGUCUUUUGUCCAGCAAAAGAAGGUUGGAAAAUUCAAGGGUUAAUCAAGAAACCUAAAUUGUUUCUCUCAAAGCCACAAAAACAAAGAACUUACACAACUACAAAAACAUGUACAAUAUGUGUUUAUACAUACUUUUACAGGCAUUAUAAACAUGUAGUUGGACUUAUUAAAUAUGUGCAUUGUAAAUACUGACACCUUCAAAAACUGCUUUAUUGAAUGUAAUUGUACUGGUUGAUACCUCUUAAAAUUCAUGCAUAAAAACCAAGUGUGAGGAA